AUGAGGAGGGAAUCGGCCAACAUGAUUUAUGGAUUAUAUUUUGUUUCCUGCAUUUGUGCAGUAACAAAAGACAAAUGCUGUUGCUUACGGCCGGGGACUUGUUUCUUCACUUCUGUAUUUGCUUACAAGGAUUUGUUUUGGCUCAAGAAAAGGUACUGGAAGUUGUCACUUUUGGUGCACCCUGAUAAAUGCUCACACCCUCAAGCCAACCAAGCAUUUGUGAAGCUGAACAAGGCCUUUAAAGAACUACAGGAUCCGGAGAAGCGGAGAGCGCUGGAUGAGAAGAUUGAGCUCAGGGAGAAGCAGGAGAGAUUCAUUGUUGAGUUGAGGGCAAUGCGGGAAGCAGCAAUGUGGAGAAAGAUGCAGGGGAUUUCCAUGGAGGGUGAUGAGGAGCUACUGGCAGGUGAUGUGAUUGGUGUUAAAGCGGCACGAAAAAGAGAUGAGUGGAUGACAGAGCUUCCACCGGAGAGGAAACAUGGUAUGAGUAAAAUGCAAUCGACAAUGUUUAGCAGGAGUGCUAAACAAGGGCGUGGGGAUACCAGUGGAUGGACUGAUGCUCCUUCUGAAAGAGCUUGGAAAGCUAAGAUGGAGUACUUACAAGCCUAUAAUGAGUUUGCAUCACUUGCUUCGAAUGAGGAGGAGCGGAAGAGGAGUUUAGAGGCAGAGUUGAUGGACAAUUACAAGAAAGAUAAACGAUCGAAAUCAUUGCUGCAAAAGCACCAAGAGGAGAUUAGAGCGAAGAGAAAAUACUCCAAGCAACAGGCAGAGGAGGAAGACUGGGUGGGGAAACAUCCGUACGUGGAAGCCUUGGGACCGUGA